AUUCUCUUUCUCUCUCUGUGGCGGUGGAAACUACUAGAUUCACCAGGUGUCUGGUGUUAUUCAAUGCAACAGCAUCAGAAGUAGUUAUAUGGUUGGAACUCCUCUUUGCAUUGUCAUUUUGGGGUGAGACUUAUUAAUGCGAAGUUGGAUACAUAUUGAAUGUUAAAGAUUUUAUGUUUGUUAAGUAAGACUGGAUAGCAAAGUGGAAAGAGGUAUUGAUCAGUUAUUCUCUACAUAGUUAUUUGGGUAAGAUUACCACCCUUUCUCUUGCGCUUGAGUCCUCAAAAAAAUAAAACCAACUUCUUCACGGAGAACCAAACAGAUAGAGCUACUCAUAUUUAUCCCUGUAUAUGCUUAUCACUUUAAUAUGGCUGAUGCUGCACAACUGGAUAUUCCUCCAGAAUGUGUGAGCAGUCAAACUGCAAAAUGCCAAGAGGAAAGUACGUCAGGACAGAUACAUGAAAUUGGUUCUGAAAGUCAAUGUGGUGAAAAAACCAAAGAAAACAUUGGCUGCAAAGUUGUUCAAAAUGAGCUACUGGAAAUCUGCAAAGCAUCUAACAAUCCUGACAAGCAGUCACAGUCAUUCUCUGAAAAUCUGACUGAGAAUUCUCAUGUUGAAAAUUUGGGACUGCCUGCUGAAGAUGUGGACAAGAGUAGUCAAAGCGGUGCUGAAAAUGUAACCAAGAAUUCUCUUACCGAACAAUUGGAAAUGCCUCAUGAAGAUCCGGAUGUGAAUAAUCAGACUGAUAAAACUUCAUGCUCUGGACAAAUGUCAUUGGAACAGACAAAUGAUUCUGGUUUUGGAACUUCAUCUAGUGAACCAGCUGAAGAAAAGCAUCCUUCCGGCUCAUUUUGUGUACAAAAUGAACUGUUACAAACCACUAUGCCACUACCCAUCUGCGGUGGCAGUGAACAAUUGCAGCCGAUUAGUGAAAAUGUGAACAUGGCUUCUCUCAAUGACCAAGCAGGACUGUCUCCUGAAGAUGUGAGCAAGACUUGUCAGACCGAAAAAAUUUCAUGCCCUCACCAAAUUACAUCACAGCAGAUAAAUGAAUUUGGUUCUGGAAGUGUACCUAGUGAACCAGCAAAACAGAAAGAUCAGCUUGACUCUGUACCUGCCCAAAAUGAUGAAGCUAAAACUAGCAAAGCAGUAUCCAGCUCUACUGUUUUUGAACAACCGGGGCCCUCUAUUGAAGCUAUGACCGAGGAUUCUCCUAUUGGACAUUCAGAACCACCCCUUGAAGAUCUUAGCAAGAGUCUUAGUGAUAAAGAAAUGGAACCACUUCCAGAAGAUGUGACCCAAAAUUCUAGUCUUCAACCGUCGGAAACACCAUCGAAGAAUGCAUUGAAGAUUUCUAGCUGCUUAGGACCUAAGGAUAAGAAAAAUCCAAAAUCAAGAAAGAGGAAGUAUAUGUCUAGAUCUUUUGUUCGCAGUGACCGAGUUCUGCGCUCAAAGACAGGGGAGAAAGAGAAACCUAAAGAUCUUAAAUUAAGGAAUAAUGUUGCAACUCUUGAAUCCAGUAAUAGUAUUGCCAAUGUAAGUAACGGAGAAGAGAAAAAAAGGAAGAAGAGAAAGAACAGACAAGACAAUAGAGCCAUAGCUGAUGAAUUUUCAAGAAUCAGGACGCAUCUGAGAUAUUUGCUGAACCGGAUAGGCUAUGAGAAAUCUCUGAUUGAUGCAUAUUCUGGUGAAGGUUGGAAAGGAUCCAGUCUGGAAAAACUAAAGCCAGAAAAGGAGCUUGAACGAGCUACUUCUGAAAUACUUAGACGCAAGUUGAAGAUAAGAGAUCUAUUUCAACGUCUUGAGUCACUAUGUGCCGAAGGAAUGUUUCCAGAAUCUUUAUUUGAUUCCGAAGGACAGAUUGACAGUGAGGAUAUAUUCUGUGCAAAAUGUGGGUCCAAGGAUGUGUCUCUUGAUAAUGAUAUUAUCCUCUGUGAUGGUGCUUGUGACCGUGGGUUCCACCAGUUCUGUCUAGAGCCACCACUUUUGAGUGAAGACAUCCCCCCUGAUGAUGAGGGUUGGCUAUGCCCUGGAUGUGACUGCAAAGUUGAUUGCAUUGAUUUACUUAAUGACUCUCAAGGAACAGAUCUUUCUGUCACUGACAGCUGGGAGAAGGUAUUUCCUGAAGCAGCUGCAGCAGCAUCAGCAGGAGAAAAUCAGGACAACCAUGGACUUCCAUCAGAUGAUUCUGAUGAUAAUGAUUAUGACCCUGAUGGUCCAGAAACGGAUAAUAAAGUCCAGGGAGAAGAAUCAAGUUCUGAUGAAUCUGAAUAUGCAUCUGCAUCUGAUGGACUUGAGACUCCAAAAAGUAAUGAUGAGCAGUACUUGGGGCUUCCUUCUGAGGAUUCAGAGGAUGAUGACUAUAAUCCUUAUGCUCCAGAUGUCAAUGAGGAUGUUAAGCAGGAAAGUUCAAGUUCUGAUUUUACAUCGGACUCUGAGGAUCUUGGAGCUGCUCUUGAUGAUAAUAUUAUGUCUUCCGAAGAUGUUGAAGGUCCCAAAUCAACGUCAUUGGAUGAUAGUAAGCCUCAUAGAGGCUCUGGUGAACAAAGUUCCAGACGCGGGCAAAAGAAACAUUCUUUAAAAGAUGAGUUGAUAUCUUUAUUAGAGUCAGGUCCUGGCCAAGGUGAAUCUGCACCUCUUUCUGGGAAAAGGCACAUAGAAAGGUUGGACUACAAAAGGCUGCAUGAUGAGGCAUAUGGAAAUGUUCCUACUGAUUCAAGUGAUGAUGAAGAUUGGAAUGAUAUUGCCACACAAAGGAAAAGGAAGAAAGGUACUGGACAAGUUGCUAAUAGGUCACCAAAUGGAAAAACGUCAAACAUUAAGAAUGGAGUAAUCACCAAAGAUAUAAAACCUGAUGUAGACGAGAAUGAGAAUACUCCUAGGAGAACGCCUAAUCGAAAGUCAAAUGUUGAAGAUACAAGUAAUUUGUCGAAUAAAUCACCUAAAGGCUCUACUAAGUCUGGUUCUACUAGUGGGAGAGCUGGAUCAUCAAGAUCAACAUAUAGCAGACUCGGGGAAGCUGCAACUCAGAGACUCUGCAAAUCCUUCAAGGAGAACCAUUAUCCAGACCGAUCUAUGAAGGAAAGUCUGGCCCGGGAACUAGGACUAAUGGCUAAGCAGGUAAGCAAAUGGUUUGAAAAUGCUCGCCACUGUUUAAAAGUGGGUGUGGAUAAAAGUGCUUCAGAUAACUGUGCCCCGUCCCCUCAAACAAAUAGAAAACAACUUGAACAAGGAGAUGCAAUUGUUGGAGAUUCUGAUCACAAUGGAGCUCAAAACAAGGAAUUACACAGGACAGAUGAUCCUAUGAUAGGUUGCUGCAGUAGGGAUGUCAUGGAUAGUGAAUUGGCGACUCUGGGAAGCAGCAGAUCGAAGCUUAGUACUCCAAACAAUAGAAAGAGAAAACGUAGAUCAGAUGAUCCUGAUCCAAAAACUGAGACACCAACACCUCCUGCUGAACCAGAAACUAAUAGAAAACCUAGCAGAGUUAUGACUAGACGAAGGAAAUCUGUUUCUUGAUUCAAAUUUUGAUCCUCUAGGAGAGUAUAAUUUUAACCAUUUACCCUUGCAAGAGAGAUCUUGUGGGGCAAGAAAUCUGGCGAUACCCUGAAGGAUUAAUCCGAAAAUUACAGCCAUCGCUUUGUGUAACUUAGCGAUGAGCCCCGGGUUGUGUCUUGUUUCAGGUGAUUCAGAGUUAAUUGUCCCGUCAUAAAUGCUAUAUAAAGUUGUUCUGUAUAAUGAGCUCGUCAUCAAUUCGCAUUUCUAGAUAUUGUUCUUGCUA